ACACGGCGCGGUUCUACAUAAUUCGCUCUUUGCUCGUGGCGCUUUUACAACGCGAGUAAUCAAUCGCAAAUCUUGAACAAUCUUGAAAUAGUGAGGCGAAAGAAAAAGUGCAUCCUCACGUGAUUAUCAUAGACAUGCCUCACGUAUUACUAAGCGACUCGAUCGCGGUAGAGUUGGAAGCUCAAGACCCAUGGCCUCAACCGAUCACUCUGUACCAACCUUAUGAAGUAGAACAGAUUCUGCUUCCAGACAAUGCAAACUGCUUGGCGGUGCAGGCUUUCCUCAAGAUGUGUCAGCUUGAUUUUCAGAUAGAACCAAGGAAGAACGCAGAGUUUAUGUCGCCAUCAGGCCGUGUACCAUUUAUCAAAUGUGGUACAAAGUUGAUAUCCGAAUUUGAUGGUAUAGUUGCACACAUAGCGAGUAAAGGGAUAAGUCUGUCCGAUUACUUGGAUUCUACCGCCAAAGUGGAUAUGAGAGCGUACCUGUCCCUUGUAAACAAUGUAUUUGUAAACGCGGAACUGUAUAUUUGCUGGGUGGAUCCAGCAAUUUUAGAUACAGUCACCAAACCGAGACAUGGGAGUGUGUAUCCUUGGCCGCUUAAUCAUUAUAUAAACUGGCAAAAGAGACGAGAAGUUAUAAAAAAACUCAAUGUACUUGGCUGGUAUAACAAGAGUUUAGAUGAAGUCUAUGAAGAUGUAAGAAAGUGUUGUAUGGCACUCUCCGAAAGACUAGCAGAUGAAGAGUUUUUCUUUGGAAAAGAUCCCACCGAAUUCGAUGCCCUGAUAUACGGUCACAUUCACGCUCUCACAUCGCCUUCCUUUCCUUCAAACCAAGGGAUCAUCACCACGAUUCGUCAGUUUCCCAAGCUUAUCGAGCACAUGUUUAGAAUUAAACAGCGCUACUUUAAUUCCGAAGUGCAGAACAAAAUUGCUGAAGAAUUUGAAAUAAUUGAGUCACCAUCCAAGGAUACUCUGUGGGAUGGCUUUCAAUCGCAGCCUGAAUCGCUUCCUUCUCUUUCCGACCAUUCCUUUACAUUCAAGCCCAAUGAAUUGGAUGCUUUGGUUUUUGGUCACGUAUUCACAAUAAUCACAACGCCGUUACCCAACAAACUGGCUAUGAUCGUGCGGGAUCAUCCGAAGCUCGUGAAUCUUUGUAAACGCAUCGAGAAUAGCCUUUUUUCUCCUCGAGCUAUAGACAGUCAGACUAAUGAAACGCUGGAGUUCAAGAAUUAAGCCAAUGAUCUGACAUCCAUACCAAGGAUAAAUGAAUUAAAAGAAAAUGGCGAUCUUUCUCUAAAUUCAAACAUAGCCCAAUGUCAGGCAAUAAAAUGUGCCAAAACAAAUUGAAGCACAAUUUCGGAAGCUAUUGAUUAGGUAUAAAAUCUCGUUUCUCAUGAAAUACCAUAAAUUAUAUACAUCAAUAGUUCCUGAUGAUAUUUUCUUUUAUAUUCAUAAUUAUUUUAUUGAAAUAUAUAUGUAAUUAAUAGUGUAAUGUACAUUGUUAAGCGCGCUGUUAAAUUAAAGUAUGUCAUCUCGAUGUUACAUAGAAAAGUAGAGCAGGGAAGAACAAUUUUCUAGUCAAUAUAUAUCAUUCUCCAUUCUUAUAUCUGUCGCAUGCAGAUUCGGGAGAAAUCGGGAGAAAAAAUAAUAAUUCUCGAUUUGGGUAGUUACGUGGGCACGUAAUUUUACGUGUGACACCGCAUGUAAAAUCUAAUUUAUUAUUUAAUAUUUUUUAUAUAAAUAUGAUUUAAUAAUUUGUGUGUAUAUAAUGUUCAACAUGUUUCUUGUCUCCAGCGUUUCAGUUAUAACAUUAUUGAAAUGCGAAUCAAAUGAUCUGUCUACUCAUAUUAUAAGACCAUCGUUUACAUCUUGUGUUAAUUUAUUUCUAUAACAAACAUUACAGGGCUAAUUUAUUGUAACACGCAAAAUAAAGAUGUUCCACAAUUGUGAUGUAAAAAAAA